AGAUUUCCUUUGAGCUGCUAGUGAAGAGGCAGAUCAAGCGCCUGGAGGAUCCCAGCCUGUGCUGUGUGGAGCUGGUCCACGAGGAGCUACAGAGGAUCAUACAGCACUGCUCCUCCUACAGCACACCGGAGCUCCUUUGGUUUCCCAAGCUGCACGACUCCAUUGUGGAGGUGGUGACUAGUUUACUCAGGAAGCGCUUGCCCAUUACUAAUGACAUGGUCCACAACUUGGUUCAAAUUGAGCUUGCUUAUUACAUCAACACAAAGCACCCAGAAUUCACUGAUGGUGCUCAGGUCUCAGCAUCUGUCAACAGGCUGGCAGGAUGGAGAGAAGUACUGGAAGAAUACGAAAAUGGCAGAGGAGAAUGUACAAGUGGCAGGUUUCAGCAGCCCCGUGAAGGGCCAGGCCAUCAACCUCCUGGACACAGCGGUGCUGGCAUCCUGCAAGCUGAGUACCCGGGAGCAGAGAGACUGAGGUCAUCCAACGCUUCAUCAACUGCUACUUCCUCAUUGUCCGCAAGAGCAUUCAGGACCGUUCAGAGACCAGGGCACCUAGGGGUGUUAUUUAUAUAUUCAGUUAGUGGUGAGUUGAGUUGAGCCUUGCCUGUCCUGGUGGGUUAGCUAACUGUGUGUCUUAGGACUUGUGUGUCUGCAGUGUGCCCAAGACAGUGAUGCACUUCCUGGUGAACUUUGUGAAGUACCAUCUGCAGAGUGAGCUGGUGGGCCAGCUGUACAAACAUAACCUGCUGCAGGAGCUGCUCAUCGAGUCCCAGGAUACAGCACAACAGAGGACAGAGGUGGCUGGAGCUCUCAUAAAAGGCAGCAACAACAUAAUCUCGGAUAUUCGGGAGACACCUGUGGUAGGUAGCCCAAUGCAACUGACCUUUCCCCACUGAUCACAUGUCUUUGAGAGUGUAGGUGAGAAUGUAAGUACUGUAUGGCAAUACCACUGAGCUCACACUGACCAUAGCACAUCCAGCUGUCCUUUUUGUCUGUCCACUGGCCUCUCGGCUGGAGGAUUUUGACCAUUGUGUCUCAGGCAGAGCUGGUCCAUUGUAUUGAGUUGGCCAUAAUGUGAGACACCCAUGAUCAAAAACAAAGUAAGUGCAACAAUCGUCUGUCUAAAUGUCUGUUGGGUCUUUUGGUUGUGGUUGGAAAUGUGUUUUUAUAAUGUGCAGUAUUAAGUUGUUUUCUAGGGUCUUUAUUGCGUCAUGGCACAGGUUGUGCAUGUACUGCUACAUUUGUUUCCAUUGAUGUAUCUAUUUAUGGAAGAGUGAUCUCAAACCAUGAUCCCAGUUUCUGAAAGUAUGUGCGCCGAGUAACUAUAAUCAGCCUUUUAUUGGUUUCUCCUUUUUAUUUCUUUGUGACAUUCUGUAAAGAUGAACAGCGGGAGAGAACCAAACAUUAUGCACUAUGAUCCUGGUCUUCAGGGAUGCUGCAGAGGUUUGGUUUGACCUGGUCUAUAGGGUGGAGGGGUACAGUAGUUGUGAGCUAGAGCAGGCUUGUGUUCUUGAUGCGUGUCAUGUUUACAUAUCAUUCCAGUUGUACAUUUGCACUGUGUUUGUGCAUAUAUUAGUCCCAUAGCGAAGUCAUAUGUUCACAACAGAAUACAGCAUUUCUUUUCUCAAUAUGAAGUUACUAGUCAGGCUUUUCUUUCACAUGUUUUUGGACAACUGAGACUACAUCAUUUAUGAAUAGCAGACACAAAGACGUGUGUGUGUGUGUGUGUUGUACAGCUAGCUUUUCAGGAAAUGCAGGAUAGUUAUGGUUGAGUCCAACACUGAUUUGAGGAAUAUAGCGGUGAAGUGUAGAAAGCCACUAUGCAAAAUGAUUUUACUGUCCUUAGGCAGUCCUUUACUGUCCAUAUCUCAGAAUGCAUUCAAAUAUUGUACCCCAUGUUAAAAUGACCCCAUGUAUGCAAUGUGCCUCAUAGAGGCAGUGUUUUGUAGAGGCAGUUUCAGAAGUCUAGAUCUAGUCCUACCCAGAUGACAGGGAUGUUGGUGUGAGAGACUAACAUGGUUUUUGAUUGAACUCAUCAAAUCAAAUUUAUUUAUAUAGCCCUUCGUACAUCAGCUGAUAUCUCAAAGUGCUGUACAGAAACCCAGCCUAAAACCCCAAACAGCAAGCAAUGCAGGUGUAGAAGCACGGUGGCUAGGAAAAACUCCCUAGAGUUUGGAGUGCAUGCACCUGUAAUUGUAUUCUCAUUUUUUAAAUGUAGAUCCCCAAGUGGAGUAUGCCCAUACAACUGCAGCCCUUAAUUUGUGAUUCGGUACUAAUAGCAUUGCGUGACGUUAGUGCAGCUUCCCCACCCUCCAUCCAUUUAGCAUUAGCGAUUCUAAAGUUUCUCUUAAUUAUUGACAUUGUAAGUACGCAUCUGUUCUGUUAGCCACAAGUCAUGGAAAAGUUCCCAAAGGAUGGUGUUUAUUCUGAAAGACUAGCCUUAAAGAGACAGGCAACAAGCACCAUCUGAGCAGAAACACUAACUUCUGUGUGAUCAGGGAGAGCACAGUGUCUGUUCAGUACGUCUAUCUGAAUGAGAGGAUGUGCUUGUGUGCGUUCCUAUUAUUUAACUGUACAUGUUCGACUUUACAAACUGCCUGAAAGUGCUUGUAUGCCAAUAUUUGAGAUGCAUGUAAGUUGAUGGAAUGAUGUCUGUUCAGAUUCGAUAGACUCAUUAAACCCUAACAACAACAGUCUGGUCUCUGUGAGAUUGCUUUGCAGGAUGUCCUCAAUAAUUGCUAAGAUCUGCAGAGUCGUCCAAUGCAUCCCCAUUCAGUCCUCCAGAUGGCUGCUAUGACUCACAGCAGUCUGGUAUCUGUCGUCAUUUCCCUCUGUUCCUACUAAGCAGGUGAGCUGAAAUCAAUGUAGAUAUGUAGGAUUAUUCUGAGGUAAGAUGGUAUCCUAUGCAGCAUCUUGAACAGGACAAUGACAUCGUCACAUGUCGUCUCUUGUGCGUACGCACACGCUGAGCAAAGACUUACUGUAUAUUAGUUUUGAAAGCUUGAGAUGGAUGAUGAAGUGAUUGAUUAAAAAGAAUACAGGAGUGUAUGUAAUAAGACUAGAACAUUAUCAAACCACUCAUUCAUGACAGAAAUAUGAUUAAGGAGAUUGCAAUACUGUAGGUCUACACCCAGUGUAGUACAUCGGUCCAUGGAACAAUGGGUGUAAACAGUGAAGAAUAUGUCAAAUCAUCACUGUAUCGUAAUGAACCAAAGUGAUGUGACCACAAGCAGCCCUAUCUAAGCAUAUUAUCCAAUCAUAACUUCACAUUUCAUGUUGAAUAAUGAUAGCUCUGAGUCCCUUUAACACAAUGUAUUAGAUGUGAAUGCAGGGGAGGAUUGGGGGAACAAAAAAUAACACAUUCUUGAUGGGCUCAGACUCCUGGGGUUGAAAUGAUAUGUCCUACACCUUGUCUUCAACUGUAUGCAGUUACUCUGAUUAACCUCCUGAACUACCCCCUCCCACUUUCCUCCUUGCAGAGCCCCGGCCAGACUAUACCAACCAAUUCCUCUCGAAGCCAAGGGGGAAUCUGCUGCAGUCUGUUGGCAAAACCUUCACAUUAGACACGUGUUUCCUGCAAAAUAGAGCUGGAAUCAGAGUCAGCCCUCUUUUUGUAUUACCUGUUAGGCUGUGAUGAGAUGUAUCCCAUCACAUGUAGUGUCCUUGAUGCCCAGGGCUGUGCAAACCCUCCCCUCGGUAUGCCAGUCAGGAGAGAAGCCUGAACAAAGCCAUGAGAGAAGAGCUGCUGGGAGAGUGAAAGAACUGAUACUCUCACUGACUGUCGCCUGGACAACCAGGCACAGGAGGGAGGGAAGAGUGAGAGAAAGGGAGAAAACAACAAAACAUAAUUGUCAUGGUGGCCAAGACACAUUGAGUCUUGUAUCAGAGAGGCUGCACAAAGGUGCAGGCGCUCUCCCUAGUGGAGCUAGAACACUGAACAUUAAACAGAGAUCAACAGAGCGAAUCAAGUGAACAUCUGGAGAACAAGUUUGAAAUGAAAUUGUUCAGCACAGGUUUGCAUCCUCGAAGGACUCCAUAGGGCUGCACACCCCGUCAGUUCAUACCUCUACUCAUCAAGCUCAGACCCAGAUGUUCUCCCAGUGCAGACAGAUGUUGAACUGCUCUGUUCUCUCAGUGAGGGUGUCCAUCUCUGCUCUGAACAAUGGCAUGGCACAGGGUGGACUCAUUGUCAUGGUGCUCCAGCCAUGGACUUGGAAGACGAGACGUUGUUAUUCCAGAGCAGCUGGGAUGCUGAGAAAGAAGAGGAGGAGAAGGAGGAGGGCGGGGAGUCAGAUACACAGAUUAAUGGGAGAACCGGCACCACUGGAGGCAAUGGCGUGUGGGGAGCAGUGGGCUGGGUCUACACACAGCCCUGGGUGAGUGGUGUUGUCCUGGGAGUUGGAGUUUUUCUCCCCUGUGCCCUCUCUGCCUACAUGUUCCUAUACUGCCCCCCAUUGGACAUAGACCUUUCCUACAGUGCCUUUGAGGUUCACAGCCACUUCUCCGCUGAGCGGUUUGAUGCACUCACCAUUGCCAUAAAGACUCAGUUGGGGUCCUGGGACAGACGCAGGCGUGACGUGGACCCCUAUGACUCCACCACUCUACAGGAGCUGCUGUUGGACAUGCUGGGUAGGCAGGGAGAUGGAACAUCCAACAGGACAUCACAUGGAGGGCUGACCUCAACAUCUCUGAAAAAAAACUUGUUCAAAAGAGUAGUUAUGGAACAGAGAGGAGAUGCCCUGAGUCAGCGAGAGACUGAGAGGCAUGGAGAGGCUAGGGGUGGUAAACUAGAGGUAAGAGACGAGGAUAAAAAUACAACUAAUUUAGGAACAUUUGAGAGUCGUGAGUCCAUAGAAGGAGAGGGCGACAGGGACAGUGAGAGAUCUCAGACUAGGAUGCGCAGGUUUGCCCCCAACUACUCAUACCUGCAGAGCCAGGCCCUGUGGAGGAUCGAGCUGGUGUUUGUAGCUCAGGGUGGGGUGGACAACAACAUCUUCACCCCAGAGCGUCUCCGCACCAUCCACCACAUAGAGCGUCUGCUCAUGCAGCAUCCCCAGUUCCAACAGUUCUGUUGGAAGCCUCUGGAGGUCCUGAGAGACCUGCCCCUGGGCCCCUCCUACUGCUCCCCUCCAAGCUCCCUCCUCUCCUACCUCUUCCCCAGUGAACGGGGAGGCAGGAUCUACUACGAUGGCAUGGGACCCAACCUGGCUGACAUCCAUGGUGCUCUGAGUCUAGCGAUCACCCACCCACAGUUCUACUGGUAUGUGGAUGAGAGUCUGGCCCCUGACCGGCUCUCCUCCUCUCUCCUGCGCAGUGAGAUCCAAUUUGGAGCUCCACUGCCCUCUUACUGCUCCCUCCAGGACCGGCCUGAGGAGCAGAGAAGCCGCUUCAGGAACUUCGUGGUUCAGUACGCUGACAUCCUGGCUCAGCAGUCCACCAGCCAGGUGAAGGUGUUGUAUGGGGGCACAGAGCUGUUUGAUAACGAGGUGAGACGGACCUUCCACAGAGACAUGUUGCUGGCGCUGAUCAGUGGAGGCUGCAUCACUCUGCUGGUCUAUUUCCUCACCUCCUUCUCAAUGUUCCUGACAUUCUUUGGGCUCACUAGCAUUGGUCUGAGCUGCCUGGUCGCUCUUUUUCUCUACCAUGUGGUCUUUGGGGUGAGAUACCUGGGCAUCCUCAAUGGGGUUGCAGCCUUUGUGAUCAUUGGCAUUGGUGUGGAUGAUGUGUUUGUGUUCAUGAGUACCUUCAGACAGGCUUCCCACUUAGUCCAUCCAGUCCAGAGGAUGGUGUACACGGUGAAAACAGCUGGCCGGGCAACCUUCCUCACCUCCUUCACCACCGCAGCCGCAUAUGCUGCCAACACCUUCUCACAGAUUCCGGCCGUGCAUGACUUCGGCCUAUUCAUGGCCCUCAUCGUCAGCUGCUGUUGGCUUUGGGUGUCAAUCCUCAUGCCCGCUGCCCUGUGUAUCUGGACCCAGUGUAUUGACCCCCAGGAGAAUUCCUGUCUCAAAUGGUGGAAGGCACUUGCAGGACUGCCAGUGAGCCACAGUCCUUUGUCAGAUGAGGAUGACGAUGUGAUCCUACUGUCAGUAGAGAUGGAGCCAGCAGGCUCCUGUGACACAGAUGUAGAUGCAGCCAUUCUGUCCCUGUCAGUGGAGACUUCUCUCUCACCACCAGAGCAGGGAACUUCAGGCAUGGUCAGCAUUUACCUUCAGUGGGCUCUGAGGCACUGGGUGGCAGAGCCAGCCGUGGAGAACCGUAAAGUCAUUCUAGGAAUCUACUUCCUGGUCCUGCUGCUGUCUGCUGGGUGCUGCUGCCUCCUGCGGCCGGCCACUCAUGCCCCGUUACUGUUUCGUCCAGACACCAACCUCCAGACUCUACUGGGACUGAGGAACAACCUAAGUGCCCAGGGCAUAUCCUGCCACAUGUGCUCUGGUCUGUUCAUGGAGAAACCUCAUCUUCUGCACAGCCCUACCCAUACUACCCCCUCCGUGGCUUGGUAUCACCCCCAUCAGCAUACCAUAAACACUUCAAACUCAACUCUACGGAGCCCAAUCACACCAAGCACUUCCUCCAUCACAACAGGGCCUCUGCUGACCGUGUAUGUCUCUAAGCUGGAUGUAGGCGCUUCUAUCACUCUGUACCGCUUCUCUCUGAAUACUAGCAUGCCCUCGCCUUGGAAAAGCCUCAGUCCUAGGAAUGGAGAAGUUCCAUCCUUUCAGGCUUACAUUGAACCUCACAGCAACUUCAGCACCCACAUGACUGUGUGUGUGUCCCACCCCAGCCCUCGCUGGAUGAUCACUUCCCAGUCAUGUGACCCACGCCACGGCUGGAGGUCAGAGUUCAGCUUCUAUGUGGCAUCGGCUGAGCAGCAGCACAGCAGGAGGCUGUAUUUUGCCCAGCACAAGCUUAGUCCUCAUCCAAGCCGAGUGUGUGCAGAACCACCUGGUUGUGUGAUCAGCUCCGGCCCUGACGGACCCACACGGGGCUACUUCUACACACCGCUCCCCACAGAUUCCACCUCAACGAAAAGGUCCAGGACCUCCGGUUUUAACCCCUGUAGUGGAGGUGGCUGUGGCCAGCCAGCAGUCCGUCCUCUGGUUGACACUGGUGCCAUGGUGUUUGUGGUUUUUGGAAUACUGGGAGUCAACCGCACCCAACGCACAGACAACCACGUCAUUGGGGACAUGGGCAGUGUGAUAUUGGAUCCAAACUUUGAUAUCUUCCAAGAGAUUGGUCAUCUCUGCCAAAUCUGUAAAGUCAUCAGUGCUAAUAAACAGCUUGUGAAGCCGGGAGGAGCCCAAUGUCUACCCUCCGGCAACAAGCUUUCUUCUAUCCUGCCCUUACUCCACCCAGACUGCCACUCACUCCCUGAGCCCAACCUGUUGCCAGGCCAGCUGUCCCAUGGGGCCGUGGGAACACACGGUGGCAGAGUGCGCUGGCUCUCCAUGGCCUUUGAGUCUACCACCUACAAGGGGAAAUCCUCUUUCCAGACUCGCUCAGACUUCCUCCAAUGGGAGACCUUCCUACAAGAGCAGCUCUCAGCUCUCCCAGAGUCCUCUGCUCUACGGAGAGGUUUCCAGACAUGUGAGCACUGGAAGCAGAUCUUUAUGGAAAUCAUAGGUGUGGAGAGCGCCCUCUGCAGUCUGCUCCUGUCCCUGGCCAUCUGUGUGGCAGCGGUGUCUGUUUUCACUGCCCAUACGCUUCUGCUGCUGCCAAUACUGCUCACCAUUAUGGGGGUCAUCUGUCUGGUGGUGGCCAUCAUGUACUGGCUGGGCUGGGAGUUGGGGGCCAUGGAGGCCAUCUCUCUGUCCAUCCUAGUGGGCUCCUCAGUGGACUACUGCCUGCACCUGGUGGAGGGCUACCUGCUGGCUGGGGAGACCUCAACAGCCACACCAGAACACACUAUGGAUCUGUCAGCUAAAAGGCAGAGACGGACCCUAGACGCAGUGAACCACGUAGGAGUUGCCAUAGUGUCCAGUGCUGUCACCACAGUCAUUUCAACCAUCCCUCUCUUCUUCUGUGUCAUCGUGCCUUUUGCUAAAUUUGGUCAGAUCGUGGCCAUAAACACAGUAGUAUCCAUCUUGUUCACCCUGACUGUGACAGCAGCCAUGUUAGCCACCAUGGGCCCUGCCAACUUCCACAGGCCUCCCGGUGCAGUGCUGAAGGCCAGCCUGGCAGUACUGGGUACCACAGCCUUUGGCGUUGCCCUGUGCUGGGCAACUAGGACCAGUCCCUGGCACACAGUAGUCACCAUGUGACCACAAACUCAACCACUACUGUUACCUCUGUAAGCAAAACUAAGAGGCUUGGUCUAAACUUCAGUUUAUCAUUGUUCUAUACAUGCAGCUGUAAGGUUUCAGAUACGUAAAAGCAUCUUGUUGAAGUAGACCAUUCUUCAUGUGGAUAAAGUUGAAUCAUUUUUUUACCAAAAGAACAGAAUGUGGUCUCUUGAGAAUAAAUAGUCUGCAGAAUAGGUUUUGGUUUCUGUGGAUGCAGCCUACUGCCCACAGAAGGAGAUUACAGUGUUGAUUUAAAUACUGGUUGGAUCCACGUUGUUCUAUUGUCCAUGUUACUCUGUUCCUGAGAAUAUUUAUUUUUUUAGAAAAUGUCUAGCUUCUCUGACCUGCUAUUAGCACUAACCUCAUCUCUGAUGGUUGGAAACCACACUUUGAGGUCCAAGAAGACAUGUGUUGAAUCAUAAUAAAAAUAUGAAUCAUU